AUGUCCGAGCACAAGAUCAUACUGGAAGAGCAGCUGCAUGAUAGACUGGUCUCUGUGGUGGGGUCUACGGCAAAGAAACGGGAUGAGCUGCAUGUGUUUCUUGGGGGCGCUCGGCCCAGUGUCUAUCGCCUGUCGCGGCGUCAUCUUUUGAUGUUUCUUCUCAUCUGUGGCAGCUCCCUGACUUUGCUUUACGCCUACUGGGAUGUCAUGAUGCUCAGUGCAAUGGGUGCGGGAAGUGAUCUGGAGCCAAAAAUGUCCGCCGGCGAGCCGCUGGCAUUGAAACUGGAGAAGGAGGUGCGUGUGCUCUGCUGGGUGCUGACCACGCCCAAGUAUCACAAAACUCGGGCGGUGCACAUACAGCGCACUUGGGGCAAGAGAUGCAAUAAAAUCUACUUCAUGACCUCGGAGCCAGAUGAUGAGCUGGAGACCAUUGUGCUGACCAAGCCGGACAAGUACGAGGUUCUCUGGGGCAAGACAAAGGAGGCAUUCACCUACAUCUACGAGAACAAACUGGACGAGGCGGAUUGGUUCAUGAAGGCCGACGAUGACACAUAUGUAUUUGUGGAGAAUCUGCGCCACAUGCUUUAUCCUUACUCUCCGGACAUGCCCAUUCACUUUGGGUUCAACUACAAGCUUUUCAGCAGCCAGGAAAAGAAUGCAUCGUACAUGUCUGGGGGCAGCGGCUAUGUGCUCAGCCGAGAGGCGCUGCGUUUAUUUGUGCACGGCCUGAAUGACAGCAGCAAGUGCCGGCAGGAGGACGAUCAUGCCGAGGAUGUGGAGGCGGGCGCUUGCCUCUUUCACUUGGGCGUGCCCGCGGGCGAUUCGCGCGACUCAAAGCUGCGCAAUCGCUUCUAUCCGCUGGCGCCAUACUCCCAACUUCUCUCCAAAUACAAUGGCAUGGACUUCUGGCUUUUCAAAUACGCCUAUUACAAUCCGCGAGCGUGCAUGGACUGCCUUUCUAACUAUCCGGUGGCCUUUCAUUAUGUGGCGCCUGAGGAACUCUAUGAGUACGACUACCUGAACUAUCAGUUUGAGCUCUUCGGGCGCACUCCGGUGGUGGAGCAUCUGCCGGAAAAGAUUGCACCCGGCCAGCUCUCUAUACCCAUAUCCGACAAUAGGUAAUAUAGGUUGACCUUU